GACGACGCAACGAAAAGAAGUUCACCGCUCAUUGAGAUUUCCCACGACUCACAGGGUGACAACGCAUCCAAAAAGGCGCGAACCAACGUGGAAAACGACGGUGAAAUCACAGGGGACCCCAGCGACUGUGUGCACGCCAUGAGGUCCUUACAGACCAAGAAUUCCUCCAUCUUGAGCCCUGGCCACCACCACGACCCUGACGUUCACGUUCACUUCCCCGAUCGGAACGUGCACGGACCCGACAUCUAUGUGGAUCUCGUCGAUCCAGACGGUUUCUUUGUACAUGUUGGAUUCCUUCAGGUCCAUCGCAGAUACCAGGCACGGUUUGUCCUGCAGCAUGAGUUUGGGCGGGAGCUGUGUGCCCCUCCCCUGCAGAACUCUGAAGUCAUCACCAUACAGGAGGUCAGUUUGCAGACAACAGAAGGGGAGGAGAAACCCAACAGCCACUCUGUAUGCCUGGAGAUUCAUCCUCUUACAGAGGGCAUUUGCAAGAGAUGCCCAAGACUGCAGUACAGUUCUCGGAAGAAGGGAAGACAGAUGAAGCUGCAGAAAAUUAUUUGAAGAAGCCUGCAAGGGAGGUUCAGUUUGGAGCUGAAAAGUUGAGUCCAGUCGAUGAAGAAUCUUCGACAGUGGUCACCCACAAACAUGGUCACCCGCCUGCUGGACACGUCCACUUUCCUGCCGACCUACAUGGGCCUGAGCUGCGGGUCACACAGACUGACCAGGACCACUUCUCUGUCAACCUGGGCUUCCUACAAAUCCACAGAACAUACCAGGCCAAGUUCACCCUCAGACACGGCUUCGGACCCAGUCUGUCAGCCCCACCCCUGCAGAGUGUUUACUUCACUAUUAAGGAGAUUCAUCACAACGUAGACAACAACACUGACACAGAGGGGAACCAACAGGACAGCCACACCUUAGUGUUAGAGGUCUGCACAGAGAAGGAUGGGGUUGUGAAGGAGGAGCUCUUCCUGACAACAGAAGAAGAUGUCACUAAGAAGAUUUUUGUGGAGCUGCAUGCCAGAAUCAUGGGCAAGGGGAAGGGCACCCCUCUGCUGAAGGAGGGCGUCCGAUGUCUGAAAGUCAACGUGGAGGAAGACUCAGAAAUCAGCGACUGGGCAGGCUUCUGAUUAACACAUUUUAAACUGACAGUCUUUGGCUGAGAAAGUGAAAAUGUAGUGGUCAUUUUGCCAUCUGAUCUUUUGUUAGUUUCAUCAAGGAGAUAAUGGAUCUGAUCACCCGAGUCUGAUAUGGAUGGGUCUGAU